GAUAAUACUUUGUAACAGAAGCCCAAGUAUCUUCCAUGAGAAUAUUUAAUCUUUAUCACACAAUGGAGGGGAAAUAAAUUAGCAAUUUAGAGAUUAAAUUGUUUGUUCUUAUUGGUGAAAUAUGCGAUAAGGAGUGAAUCUUCUCAUUCAGCUCGCGCUUCUCUCGUCACAAUCCGCACUUUGAGUGUCUCCGCGAGCAGAAACGGACGGAUUUUCCCGCCGCGCAGAUCUUCAAUUAACGAAUUCCGCGUUCAAAAGAAGCCCAACAUCUUCGCCUCGCUGACCCCAGAGAGCGCCUCUUGUUCCGGACACCACAAAACGUCAACACACGCGAAGAGUGUUUGUUGUAUUUUUGGAGCGUGCGGUAUUUAUUUAUUCUGUUUGUUUAUGCUGACAAAAUGCUGAUUUAACUGCAAAAAUAGUGCCUCAAUUGAGAUUGUAAUCUCUGAGCCAGUGAUUUCGCCUCAAGUGUCCAACAUUACAUAAUAACCGAAGCCCCCCAAAGCCAUGGAUAAUCAGCUUGAGAAGACAGAGAACAUUCCGCCGGUGCGAACGGAGAAAUGGUACCAGAAGAUCACAGUGGAGCCCACGAUGUUCCUGUACAUGAUGGCCUUCAUGCUCACCUCCGUGAUUGAGCAGGCCUUCUACCUGCACAAGGCCUGCACCGUGGAUCACAACUAUCCCGCCGAAAUCUGCGAUAAUCUCGAAAUCCACCAGGACAUCAAGAAGGAGGUGCAAAUCACCGUCUCGAACUUCCACCAGUGGAACAACGUCCUCGGCCACAUCUUCCCCAUCAUCCUGGCGCUCUUCCUCGGCUCCUGGUCGGAUCGCAGGGGCCGCAAACUGCCGCUGAUCCUGGGCUUGGUGGGCAAGUUCUACUGGUCCGUCAUGAUCAUCGUCAAUUCCUACAAAGACUGGCCUCUGCAGACAGUCGUGUAUUCCGCCACCAUUCCCAGCGCCCUCACGGGCGCCGACGUCGCCAUCUUCGCGUCCGCCUUCGCCUACAUCUCGGACACCUCAACGGUGAACUCACGCACGAUCCGCAUCACGAUCCUGGAUGUUUGCUACCUCAGCACGAUGCCGACCGGCGUGGCUCUGGGGUCUUAUUUGUUCAGCAACGUCGUGAACCGCAAUUACUCUGUCAUGUUCAUGAUAAACGCUUCGUGUCUCCUGGCGGCGAUAAUUUACUCACUAAUUCACUUGAAAUGGCAGACGACGUCCACGCAGCGCUCUCUGCGCGAGGUCGGCGUCACGGGCGUGCUGUGCGACUUCUUCGACCGCACGCACGUGGUGGACUCGCUGCGGACGCUGGGCAGGCGACGUGAGAUGAAGCGACACGUCUACCUGUGGAUCUUCAUGGUCGCCAUGGCGCUGUACACGUUCCAGCGCGAUGAGAAGCCCAUGAUGUACCUGUACACGCAGCUCAAGUUCAACUGGAACACCGUGACGUACAGCAACUUCAAGACCUUCCAGUCCACCGCCUACGUCAUCAUGAUGCUGGCCGGAAUCCCGCUCAUGAGCAAAGUCUUCGGCUGGCCCGACACGGCCAUCGUGAUGGUGGGCGCUUGCGCUCACGCGACGGCGCGCUUCUUCUUCGCCUUCGCCGAGGUGCCGUGGGUGCUGUACGUGGGCGGCGCCGUGUCCAGUCUGGGGCCCGUCGUGGCGCCCGUGCUGCGCUCCAUGACGUCGAAGGUCGUGCCGCUGGCGGAGCGCGGCAAGGUGUUCGCGCUGCUGUCCGUGUUCGACAACGCCGUGCCGCUGUUCAGCGGCGUGCUGUACACGCAAGUGUACAACGCCACGAUCGACACGCACCCGGCGGGCAUCUUCUGGCUCACGAUGGCCACGCAGCUGUGCGUGCUGCUCUUCACGCUGUACAUCCACGUGACGCUGAAGGGGCGCUCGCUGGCCGUGCCGGAAGUGGAGAAGCAGAGCGCGCUGAUGGACGGCGAGAAGGUGCAGUCGGAGGAAGAGGAUCAGGCGCAGAAGUAGGCGCGCGCGCGAGUGGGCGGGAAGAAGUGUUGUAGAAUCCUCAGCAAUAAAUUUUUACGGCCUCUUAUUUGCAUACAUCUUUCACCCGAUGAACAGAUGGGAGAAAGAGAGGAAUUUUUACGGCCACUUUUGGAUCCAGAACUUCCCUGUGGAAUCUUUUCACGAAUUGGAACACACAACAAAACUCUUCUUUUUUUCUUCUAUCUCUCUCUCUCUAAAGCAAACCUCAUCAGCUUAUUUAUGCAUAUAAAACUUUUCUGACGAAUUUUAAUUAAACCUCCCAGGGCUUAGAUUCCAUUCCGAGAAAAUAUUUCUGCGGCUUUUUUUUUCUUCUACCUCAGCGCGCAACUCUUUUUUUUCGGUUGCUUUUUCGCACCGAAAUCAAACAAAUAUUCCAUCCAUUCCGUUCCGAGGCUUUUAGGAAGGCAAAAACGUCGCGAAGAAUGAUAAAAAUUCAUCUGUUUUGGCAAAUAUUGGGAGUCGUUUAUUGAGGCACUGACGGUCAAUAUUUGAUGUGACAGUGAGGAAAAUCCCACUUUGCUCUGACGCGAGAGUGAGAGAAGAGCGAGAAAGUUGCGCCUGAUUUAUGCAGGAGAAUCAACACUUCCUCUCCGUGUUUGCGCCCAUCAGUUGUGUGUCAGGGUUCAAGAGGAAAUCGCCGAGAUGUGAGACGAAAGCACUCCAAUUGUGUGCGCCAACGGGCAAAAUCACUGCAGCGAAAAGGCACACACAUGAGGAAUGGAUUAAAAUUCAUCCUGUCUAUUGCAACCGACUCACGAACACAAGGGCGUAGCCAAGGAGGAAAUUCUGGAGGUUUGCUGGCAAAUAUCUCAGUUUUAUCCAAUCUUAUUGUCUAGAUCAAGGGGGAGAUCAUCAGUGUUGUGCCUUUACAUGGUAAAAAAUACCUCUUUACAUUUUACACGUAAAGAAUGUGUAAAAAAUGUAAAAUGUAAAGUAAAAUAUAAA